GGCGUAACAUUUGUCAGUGGUGUUUGUCGCGGUUCCAGUUCUGUUGUACCUACUAGGGAGGAUCUUUGCUGUUAUACUUUGUUCUGCUGUUUUUUGUUUUUGAAAAUGGGGGAAGAGCAACCGAAGAGGUUCGCCCAGAUUUCGAGGGAGUCCGUGAAGACUUAUGCCGAGUCAGUUGGUAUCGGCGAUUUGUCGGAAGAUGCGGCGGCGAUGUUGGCGGAAGAUGUAUGUUAUAGGCUUAGACAAGCAGCACAGGCUAGCACUCAAUAUAUGAAACAUUCAAAGAGAAGGAAAAUGACUAGUGAGGAUUUCAACAGGGCGUUGAAAUGGAUGGACGUGGAGCCUAUUUAUGGUUAUGGGUCCCAAGAUCCAAUGCUCUUUCGAACGACUAAGGAUGCAGAGCUGUACUUCAUGGAAGACAAAGAAAUCAACCUCCCUGAGAUUUCCAUGGAUGGAAAAAUUCCAGUAUGUGCUGGGAAAACUACUGUCAGAGUGCAUGCAAGUUGCUUUACAGGAAAGCGUAAUGGUCAAGUCCAAGCACAGACCUUGUCUGAGGAUUUGGUGAAAUAUCAUGAAAAUGUGACUAAAGCUAUUCUGGGCAAUGAUGAAGACAUUAUGAAGGUGGCUCUUGACGAUCUCCGAACCAACUCCAAGGUUUCUUCCUUAUUACCAUAUCUCAUCCAGUUUGUUUCUGUUGGAGUUAAGAAAGUCAAUCAUGAUUUGGGACAGCUAACUAAACUAAUGCAUAUAGUGAUGUCACUUAUUUACAAUCCAUUUGUAUACCUUGGUCCGUAUUUAAAGAGACUUGUAUCAAGUGUAAUGUAUUGUAUAAUGGAGCCAUUGGCAGCAUCAAUCAAUCCGUUAAAUGACCACUGGACAUUAAGAGACUAUGCUGCCAGGUUACUGGCACACAUAUGCAAGACUUACAACAGUUCUGUCAAUCAUCUUAAGAACCAGCUGUAUGCUGCAUUCCAGGAAGUCUUAUUAGAUCAUGCUAGACCACUGUGUUCACACUAUGGUGCUAUAGUAGGACUCAUGGCACUUGGACCAAAGGCUAUAGAGGAUGUACUACUGCCCCAAUUAUCAGGUUAUUGGCCUACACUUAUGGUUGUAUUAGAAGAUACAUCACUAUCAAAUAUUCAAGUCAAGACGGAUGGACAUAAAGUCUAUGGUGCCAUUUUGCUUGCUGCCAACAAGAUGCUGAAGUAUAAACAAAAAGAACAGCUGAGUACUAAACAGCACAGUGCUAGCAGUUCACCAAGUCAGAGUCCGGCUCAGGAACCAACAGAAUUCACAUUUGGUACAGCUAGUCAUCUCCUUCAUCUCGGUGAAAGCGCCGGUUCUUUGUCUCAAUCAGAUGGUUACAAACUGAGACACGUGAAAAAAAGCGUCCUGGAAUGGUACACCGAACUGUAUGAAUAUUUUGGAGACUGUCUCAGCCUUCAACUGGAUACCAUCACCACUUGCAAUCCCGUGUAUGAACCCAAAUUAACAAGUUUAGCCGACAUUAACAAUGUUACUGCUUGCAACGAGCAUGAAUCACGAUUUAAAGGGGGGUUUCACCGUGAGAGCGUCGACAACGUCAAAAAGAAGUUUAUCAAAACAGAAGAGUAUAGAGGCUGGCAGUUCAAGCAGUAUUUCGAUUUUAAUGAAACCAUAUGGAAAAAUGAUGAACAAGAUCUCCAUGACUCAUAA